UCAGACAGGUUUGUCUGCUGUGCUGUUGCUUGGAGUUUUUCGCACACGCUCUCACCACAGGAGUGAUAUGGUUUAUCUGCCCUAUGGCACGCUCAAAUAAGAGGGAGAGGCCUCAGCUCUAAUGGUAUGCUACAGCUAAGAAGCCCGACCGCAACGUUCAAGGAGGUCAACUUAGCUAAAUACCGGGCUCUGACUUGAAGGCUGGAACGACAGUGGUGAUGUUCUACAGCCAGAUAUUCAUUGACACUAACCCGGGGUAAAGAAAAUACAUUCACUGCUCUGUAGGAAAUACAAGGCAAAGCAAAAUAAGGCGUCUCUGUGCUCCCAAGCGUCCUUCUAUCAACCACGAUGCCUGUGGAGACUCUCCCGUCCCCGCUGAGACAGUCGGUGAGGAUGUCCCUGACGCCGCCUCGCCUGCGACCCAAGGCCCCGCUGGGGCCGGCAUUCAACCGCCCCAGCCCCCUGCCGGCCCCCAGACCCAGGCAGAGUGCCGUGGAGAGGCUGGAGGCGGACAAGGCCAAGUACGUCAAGAGCCAGGUGGCCCUGUCCAAGCAGCAGCCCGUCCACGCCGCCGAGCCCCGGAAGGCCCCGCUGAACCCCCCCACCGUCAGCAGCAGCAGCGGUAGUAGUCGCGGCAGCAGUGCCCUGCAGCCCACCAGGAAGGCCCCGUCCCAGGCCGGCGCGCAGCAGACCGGCGUCCCCCUCAACCUGGAGCACCUCAGCAACCUGAUCAGCGGCGUGAACGACAGGCCCGCCCCCGCCGCCCCGACCCCCACUGCCGCCGGCGAGGGCAGGAGCCGCGGGGGUCCGACCCGCGGCUCCCCGCUCCGGGGCCCCAUCAGAGCGGAGCACCGCGAGGUCCGGUCCUCUCCCCCUCCUGCGACCCCCGACUGGUCCAGUCCCGCUAAGGUGCGGUUAAAAGCCUGCGGCCCGGUGAAGCCAGAGGCCCCUCAGAGCCAGGACGCGGCGUUGUCCCCGGCGACGGCGACCAUCCGCAGAGUGGACGUGGUCCCCCAGUCCCGGAACCAGAGGAAGCCCCCCGCCCGCCCAAUGCAGUACAUGCGACAGCCGCUCUACCCCAUGACCUGGCAGGGCCUGCACCCCCUCCGCCCGGCCACCUCCAACCUGGGGCUGUUCCCCCAGAGGUCCCCGCUGGCGCCCCCCACGCCCCUGAAGCCCCUCCGCGCGCCUCCUCAAGCCGACCUGGCCGCCACGCCUCCCGGCGAACCACCAGCACCUCCUCCGAGGACCUCCUCCUCCUCCGCUCCUCCUCCUCCUCCGCCCGGGCUGCUCCCUCCCCCUCUCCAGUCCUCCAGCCCCCUCGUCUUCCCCCCGUCCUCCCCGGCCGUCACCCGUCUGUCCUCGUCCAGCUCCAGGAAGCGUCCCUCGCUGACGCGCUCCAAGUCGGACAUGAGCGACCGCUGCUCGCGGGCCGGCACGGAGCUGGAGCGCUUCUUCAACCUGUGCGGUCUGGACCCCUCGGAGGUGCAGGAGCUGGCCGUGGGGCCCGGCUCGGACAUCGUCUCCUUGGCCCGCUUCCGCAGCGCCAGCGCUCCGGGGUCGGAGUGCCAGGAAGGGGAGGAGGAAGAGGACGACGCCGAGGAAGGGGGCGGAGCCGCCCGCGUGCCUUACGGCGUUUCUGUCAUCGAGAGGAACGCCAGAGUCAUCAAGUGGCUGUACAAUAUCCGCCAGGAGGCCAAGGACAGUAAGAGCACCAACAUGUAGGCUUCUGGGGUUGUACAAGGUUUUCCUAAUUGAACCAAAAGUCCUCAAAGGAGACUCUGGCCAAAACAUGUAGUAUGUUGUAUGGUAGACUGCUGUAAGUGGUUUAUUUAUUUGUAGUUGUCCUUUUUUGUUUACAAAAAACUAUCGGGUCACAUUUUUACGUUUAGAGAAAGGAUAAACCAAAUAGAAAAGAAUAUCUUUUAAUAGUUUUGUUACGUUUCAUGUAGGGGCUUUUCUUAUCAUGAUGUGCCUUUUUGCUGCUGUACUGUUGUUGGAAAUGAGCAACAAAUUACUUGAUUUCUCCAAGGAAACAUUAAAGAUUUGAUAACAAAUGACCCACCUUUAGUAUUUCCAAUCAUUUUUAUCACUAUUUUGGGGAAAAGUAUUUUCAACUCAAGUACCAAAAUGAAAAUGGGUAUGGAUUUGGAUACAAAUGCGGGGGAUUCUAAGUGACCUUUGGAAGAGGAAAGGGGAUUUCUCAACCCUUCACUUGUGGUCCAGUUGCAGUGAUGAACCACAAGAGGUCAGGCCAUACUUCAACUAGCCACAUCAUCGCUUUCCCCGAAUGUGACCCUUUCACAUUUCACUAUGUAAACAGGACAAUAAGUGCUGAACAAUUUCAAUUGAUACAAUGUAUCAUACCACAGAAGAAUACAUGUAUGACAAAAUGUAUUUUCCAUUUGUUUCUGGAAUACCUGAAAUACCAACAUCUUUAAUAAAUGUCAUAAAAUAAAGUAUUAAUUCUUUAAUUCUUCAUUAAUUAGAUUACAUGUAUCAAUAAAAUAUACUUUAUUGAUAUAUGCUGUAUUUGCUGCUGAGACCCAGUAGUCUCUCUGUACAACAAAAAGACCAAUCCUCACUCAUUCAUCCUCUCAAAGGGUGGGCUGUACUCAGGUUUCCAGAGAUAACAGGGCUGUAGAACCUGUUUUUGUCGUCAAAGGACGGAAUCCGUGGCUGUACUGUGCACAAGUGGUCCUGGUUAGACCAUUUGAAACCAGCCGCCGAGUGUUUUCAACUCUCGUGCUGAUUUAACAAGACUGUUUCAUAGUUAUAUAUGUUGUAUCGUCAUUUUAAAAUGACAUGUCUCAUAUCCGUUGUGGAUCACCCUCAGACUCAGAAGAGCCGGCUAUUUAAUCCAACUUUUGAAUGCUGUUGUCCAAAUGUAUGCCGACAAAUGAAAUGCAGGACGAAGACUGGGGGAAUCCCUUUCGCCAGGAAAUUUUGCUAUGCAAUCGGUGGAGUUCCAUAUCAGAUCACUGCAGUCUCUAUGGGCAUAUCCAUGCAAAUCUUUCUGCUGGACGUGGUUAAGGUAUGGUGUAAGCCUCAUCCUAAUGUGUUUUGAGACAAAGUUAAAUUCUGAGCUACCACUGAUUUCCAGGCACUCGGGUUAAGAGUGCAGCUCACAUGUCAUGAAAUCCUACGUCCCACGGCCCCCAGAUGGAAGCCUUCUACGUCUCCAUGAUCCUGUUCGUGAGCAGGGCCUGGGACGCUGUGACGGACCCUCUGGUCGGUUACCUGGUGAGCCGGAGCCGCUGGACGCCCAUCGGCAAACUCAUGCCAUGGUUUGUGUGAAACCCAACAAUAAGCCCUUAAUCUUGUUUCUUUAGUAUGUGGUCCCCACCUGCACUGUAACUCAGCCCUCUAGGUUUUGCCUGUUUUAAUCAGGACUAUGGUGUUUGCAGGGUCGUUCUCUCC